AUGACAGUUCCCAUUAACAAAGAUGUAUUAAUUAAUUUCAAAGCUGUAAAGUCGUUUAAAGUCUCGGACAAGGAACUAGGCCCGAUCACUUCUCUUUCUUUUGAUGACCAUGGUCAAUACCUACUUACAGCUACCGCAAGCGAUAAUAUGCACCUCUAUGAUACAGUUGGGUGCAGAUUUCUAAAUACAAUUGCUUCCAAAAAGUAUGGAUGUCAUUCUGCGAAAUUUACGCAUGCUCAAAAUGAAUGUAUCUAUUCAUCAACGAUGAUUUCCUUCGAUAUUAGACAUUUAAACCUUGAAACGAAUCAAUAUCUUAGAUAUUUCCAGGGGCAUGGUGCUUUGGUUAGUGAUAUUCAAAUGUCACCUCUAGAUGACACAUUUUUGUCAGCAUCAUAUGAUGAAUCUGUGAGGCUUUGGGAUCUGAGGACGUCGAAGGCCCAGGCGAUAGUUCCGAGCGUGGUACCAAAUUGCAUUGCUUACGAUCCAAGCGGGUUGGUAUUUGCAAUUGGAAACCCGGAAAGUCAAGAGAUUGGACUAUAUAAUGUAAGGCAACUGAAAUCAGGACCGUUUGUGGUAUUUAAAGUAGAUCCUAACUUUAACCAGUGGACUAAGAUGGAAUUUUCGAACGAUGGUAAAUAUCUUCUGCUGGCAUCGUCGAAUGGAAAACAACUGAUCCUGGAUGCAUUUGAUGGAUCACAACUUUUUGAAUUAAUUGGCACAAAAUCUUUCCCGGUUAGAGAAUUUAUGGACGGGGGUUCGGCAUGUUUUACACCAGACGGGCAUUUUACUUUAGGUUCAGAUUACGAUGGCAGGAUAGCUAUUUGGAACCACGCGGAAUCAGUAAGUUUAAGGACCUUGAAACCUCAAGGAUACAUUAAUGCGCCGUCGGAUACAUGUCCCAGAACCAUUGCUUUCAAUCCGAAAUAUAGCAUGUUUGUUACAGCGGAUGAAAGCGUUGAAUUCUAUGUUUACGAUGACGAUAACUAA